GACCACAGUGAGUUGCAGGCCAAUACUAAGGAUGGGCAUGUCGACGGACAAUGGCAAGCUGACUCGUAGCGGCCUCAGCACCAACUUUUCUUCUAUUCAGCCUCAACCUAUCGUCCUAUUCAGCCUCUUCAAGAUUUUUCAAUCCCUCAACAACAACACCACCCGCAAGCUGCAGGAUUCAAUUAUUCACUCUAUCCUCUCUACACCCUUUCUCCGCAAUUUGAAUCAGCUUCAUCUGCUCGUCAUCGGCCCCUGGAACACUUAAACGUGGCACCAUGUUAGAGCUGCGCCGCUUGGACCAGCUUACCGAUCAUGGGGAUAUUGAUGAUUCCAGCGAUCUUUCCGAGCGCCUUGACGAGCAGCAUACCACAAUCAAGCCAGUCCUGACGUUCCUCGAGAAGAAGAAUCUAGUCUUUCUGUGUACUAUCUACUUUAUUCACGCAAUUCCUCUUACGUUUUCGUGGUACACUAUGCCCAUCAUUCUUCGCCAACAACUCAGCUAUAGCGCCGUUGGUACCUUCCUGAUCUCGCAGUAUCCUUACAGUUGGAAGGCUCUAUGGAGUCCACUCGUUGACGGACUGCAUCACCCCCUCAUUGGUCGGAGGAAAACAUGGAUUGUACCAUCUUUCGUAAUAGGGGGUGCCGUUCUCUUCUGGCUCGCAUUCACACAAGAUUCGCUUGUUAUGGAGGUAGCAAAUGGCAGUUCGCUCGCAAUGGCAUGGAUUGUGCUUCCUUGGCUGAUCAUCAUGUUUGUUUGUUCAAAUAUUCGAAUCGCACUCGACUCAUGGUCUAUAAACCUGCUUUCGCCGCCCAAUGUUCAUUGGGCAUCCUCGAUAACCAAUGUAGGCGAAACGAGUGCCGGUUUAAUUUCAUGCAACCUGUUCUUAGGAGUGACAUCUCUGAAUUCGCCAAUACAAGAAGACGGUAAAACGGAACCAGCAAGUACGUUCUUGUUUUUCGGGGCUUCGGCAACUGUCUUUAUCGCUACUGCUAUCCUGUUGAUGAUUGGAAACAGAGAAAGUGAUAAAGGACAGAAACGCCAGUCAAUUCGGAAGGUCUACAAUAUCAUCUGGGAAAUCUUGAAGCUCCGACAUGUGUGGACCUUGAUGCUCGUUCACGUGGCAUCCAUGGUCGGAUUUAUAACCAACGACACUAUCACCAUCCUCGAAUUAGUCAAAAACCACUUCAGCGAUCUUGAUCUCGCCAUUCUCGCAACUGCCGGUCUCCCUUUUGCUAUCGCAGGUAGCUUUCUGGUCGCAAACGCCAUGCAGACAAGGCAUCCGUUGCACGUCUGGCGCAGGAUGUUUCCAUGGCGCCUGAUACUCGCCUUCAUCUCUCAACUGACGAUCCUAUUUGUUGCCCGGUACCCCAAUUCCCGCUUCCGCUGGCUUGUUAUUCUGAUUCCGUUUUGUCUGAGUCAACUAUACGGAGUUGCAAUGUGGGUUGCUUUCGUUGCGUUUCAUGCGCAAGUCUCCGACCCUCAAUUCGGAGGUGUAUACAUGUCUGUGCUGGCAACGACGCUGAAUAUUAGAUAUGAUACCUUGCAGUUCCUCAGCACGAAAGCAAUAGGCAUGGCUGAUGACAUGACUGGAUCUACCUCGCUGAUUGAUGGAUACCAGAUUGUCAACGCAACGACAGUUGUCUUGGCUGUCCCAAUUUAUUGGUUCUUUUUGAGGCCCGCAACGCUGUAUUUGCAGACUAUUGAUGCAUCUGCGUGGAGAAUAAGGUCUCAGGAACCUGCGGACGGUGUAGCAUAUGAGAUGGUCGGAAAUGUAUUAGACGAUGAACAUCAGAGUUAAUCUAUAUGUGUUUGCCAAC